CUGCCUUUCAAUGCCUUCGUUCAUAAGUAACACGACUAACAUGAGAGUACAGUUUAACCUGGUCCCACUGGUCCUGGACUCCUGUUCCUGGUCCACCCCGUUUGGAGCUAAGUGAGAAGACUGUCACACGUGAAUAGACGAUUUUUCGGAAUCUUCGACGAAAAUGGCAAUGCACAUACCGAAGGCGCCCGGCGUGGCGCAAAUGCUCAAGGAUGGAGCCCGCUAUUUUUCGGGCCUCGAAGAAGCGGUCUACAGGAACAUUACAGCCUGCAAACAAUUCGCGGAUACUGUAAGGAGUGCAUAUGGCCCUAACGGCAUGAACAAGAUGGUCAUCAAUCACAUUGAGAAGUUGUUCGUAACUAAUGAUGCAGUGACGAUUGUUAACGAGUUAGAAGUGGAACAUCCAGCUGCCAAAUUAUUAGUCUUGGCAUCAAAAAUGCAGGAAGCUGAAGUAGGAGACGGGACAAAUUUUGUUAUUAUCUUUGCUGGAGAACUGCUUCAUGCCGCGGAAGGACUGCUUCGCCUGGGCAUUACAACUUCGGAGAUUAUUGAGGGUUACGAGGCUGUCUUGAACAAGGCACUUGAAAUCUUACCGACCUUGAUUGUUCACGAAGUGAAAGAUGUACGAAACGAGGAACAAGUGAAGAAGGGAAUUAGGAGCACUAUCAUGAGCAAACAAUAUGGAAACGAGGAUAUCCUUGCUUCCCUCGUCACCAAGGCUUGCAUCUCCAUUUUGCCGGAGAAGACGACGUUCAAUGUGGAUAAUGUGCGAGUUUGCAAGAUACUCGGGGGUGGUUUGAGCAACUCCCAAGUGAUGCAAGGCAUGGUAUUUAAGCGUCACGUGGAAGGAGAAGUCACGAAGAAGACCAGCGCGAAGAUUGCGGUUUACACCUGCGCCGUGGACAUUAUUCAGACCGAGACCAAAGGCACUGUGCUGAUCAAAACGGCCGACGAGCUCUUGAAAUUUUCGCGCGGCGAGGAAUCGCUUUUGGAAAAUCAAAUCAAGGCAAUUGCCGAUAGCGGCGCCGAGGUGGUGGUGUCUGGUGGAAAAUUCGGCAGUAUGGCCCUGCACUAUAUGAACAAGUAUAAUCUGAUGGCCGUUCGUAUCCCGAGCAAAUUCGACGUUAGACGACUUUGCAAGACCGUCGGUGCCACUGCCCUCUCUAAGCUGGUGCCUCCGUCAAAAGAAGAGCUGGGAUAUGCCGACACGGUAUACAUAGACGAAUUGGGAGACACCAUACUGGUGGUGUUUAAACUGGAAGGAAAGGAGAGCCGCGUCAGUACCGUGCUUGUGCGUGGUUCGACCGAGAAUUAUAUGGAUGACAUCGAGCGCGCGAUUGACGAUGGUGUCAACACGUUCAAGGGUACUACGAGAGACGGCAGAUUUGUCCCGGGUGCGGGCGCCACGGAGAUCGAGCUUGCCGCCCAGCUGGCGGCGUACGCAGACACGCUACCCGGUCUUGAGCAGUAUGCCGCGCGCAAAUUUGCCAUUGCUCUGGAGAUAUUCCCGAAAACGCUGGCCGAGAGCAGCGGUUUCCGCGCUUCCGAACUUGUAUCGAAGCUGUACGCAGCGCACAAGGAGGGAAAGAAGAAUUACGGUGUUGACAUCGAUGCUGAAAGCGCAGCUUUGAUUGAUACCAUCGAGGCAGGGAUCUUUGAUUUAUAUCUGACGAAGCAAUGGGCGAUCAGGUACGCGGUCGGUGCGGCGUGCACAGUUCUCAAGGUGGAUCAAAUUAUUAUGGCAAAACGGGCGGGCGGUCCGAAAGUUCCAGCGGGAGGCGUUCGCGACGAAGACGAGUAAUAAUGCACGAAUUGACGUAAUUGCAAACUUUCUAAUUUAAAACGUUAUUUGUAUUUCUGAGUUUCUGGAAAUGUUAUUGGAAUAAAAAUAAAUGCUGAGUUUGUGCUUAAUUUCACAUGAUUAAAAAAGAAAAUGUACUUUUUAUCGCGCACUUGUGCAUUUCUCUAAAAAUGGUCAAGAAUUUCUAUAAUUUUAUAUUUUCAUCCAAUGUACUUGCUGAAAAAUUCAGCAGAUGUAUUAGAUGGAUAUUAAACUCAAAUACUAAAUAAACUUGUUAAAUAUA